AGGUGAAAGGUCAAAGGCAUGUGUUUGGAUGAUCGAGCGGGCUGUGAUAGUGUUGUACGGUAGCUCUUGUUCAAGUUCUGGCUGUGUCUUAGAAGUCGAGUUUGUCUCUUGUAUAUUCAGCACAGCAAGAUUCAGCAUUUUACAGCAUUCGUAACUUACGUUUUUUGUAAUUGUCGUUGGUUUCACUGUUCAAACACACGGCUAAAGCUAACGCAGUUUUCGCGGGAGUACAGUGGCUCUGUUUGACAUCUGAUUAACGUUACAUCGUGUUAUGAUCGUUGCAUUGUGCGCAAGUUUAACGUUGACGAAAAUCUGUUCCCAUAAAACUACUUGCAGCACACAUUUAAUCGUCGAACGCAACUAUUUAAGUGUUUAUUCAGUGUAAUGGCUGAGAGACCAGAGGACCUCAAUCUACCCAAUGCUGUCAUAACGCGGAUUAUCAAGGAGGCGUUGCCAGACGGAGUAAACGUGUCCAAAGAGGCAAGGAGAGCUAUUUCUCAGGCAGCUAGUGUUUUCGUUCUCUAUGCAACAUCAUGCGCAAACAAUUUUGCUAUGAAAGCAAAGAGGAAGACACUCAAUGCUGGAGAUGUGAUGGCAGCUAUGGAGGAGAUGGAGUUUGAGCGUUUCUUACAACCUUUACGUGAAGCACUUGAGGCCUACAAGAAAGGCCAGAAAGGCAAAAAAGCAGCAUCCGAGCAGAAACGCAAGGACAAGAAGAAAAGUGGGACCGAUGAGAAUGAUAAAAGUAGAGAUGAAGAGGAAGAUGAGCAUAUGGAUGAGGAGCAGGAUGGAGAGAAUGAAGGGGAGGAAGAGGAUGUGGAGAACUGAGAGACAGUGUAAUUUAGUUGUGGUUUUCCUCAACUGUAGCACCUUUAUUUGAAUACUUGGUAUUGGAGGAAAAUGUACUAACAUGCUUUUAGCACUGCAUGUUAGUAUUAACUACAUAUCCACAGAAUUUCAAGCACAUGUGUUACCUUAAGGCAACUAAGAUGUCAUUUUAGAGCUUGGGUAAAGGCUUCUGUUGAAGUUUUAUAGGUUGAAAAAAUACACUGUGGCUGAGUUGAGAUAUAUCCCUGUUUCUGGGGCAAACAAAUAGUAAAAUGGUUCUUGAAUAUUUUAUACUCAAGUUUUUGUACUGCAAGACAUUUCAAUAAAUUGUUAAUUUUUUCCUA